CCUAUUUACAAACAAUACAUUUGUGGAUGAACUUACUAUGAAGCAACUAUAUAAUUUUUUUUUAUCUUGAAAUUAUUUCGUUAUGAAUAGUACAAGGUGUUUUCAAUAUUCAUUUAAACUAAAAUGUAAAUAUUCCAGAUGAUCUACAUCAUGGCGUAGGGACUGUUAUCUACAAUGAAAUGGGUUACAUUAUUGGCUGUGGUUAUAAUGGAUAUGUGACAGGUGCAACCUAUGGAAAUUUUUCUCGUGAUGGACAAGAUCCUACAGCAAAAGCAUCCUCUCUUGUACAUGCUGAAGCAAAUGCACUUCUUUUAAGAUCUCAGAAAGACCUGGAUAAAGCAGUCCUUUAUUCAUCAAAAAAACCAUGUGUGAGCUGCAAGCUGUUAAUAGAGGCAACAGGGAUUACAGAAGUGAUUUUCAUAGAUGAUCCAAAAGAGAAAAAACAAGACAGAGUUUAUGAAAUUAAUUUGUGGAAACCGAGUGCUGAUGCCCAAGUGACAACAGGCAGCAGCACACCAGCCACCAGCAGCAGCACACCAGAUUCCAGCAGCAGCACACCAGCCUCUAGCAGCAGCACACAAGCCUCCAGCAGCAGCACACCAGCCACCAGAAGCAAUAAUGAUGAUCCCUCUAUCCGAUUAAAAAAGAAGGGGGAUCUAAUGCUGCUUCUUGCCCUACACAUGGAAGAGUCUCCAAAAUGUGAAGCCCCCCCAAACAAGAUGGAACAAAGCGUUAAGUAUAACAAGUGUGGUAUUGUAGUAACUACAGGAGAUAAAAUGAAAAGAAUUGUCACAAUGGAUUGUUCCAGAAAUGAACUGCAUGCAGUGGAAGUGGUAAUGAUGAAUUUCCCAAGGUCUUUAAAAGGGGGCAAUGUCUUCUUAUCAAGGAAACCUUGCUACAGGUGUACUCAGUUCAUUAUCCAAGGUGAAUUCUCCUCCGUUUAUUAUUGGCCACGGGAUCCUGAACGGAGUUGCAUGACAUCAGACUCUUCGGCAUUCACUGAUUCAGAGUGUGUUGACCAGAUGUUUCUAAGAAGUAAAAUCUCAUUUGAAUGCUUGGUUCCUGAAACAGACAUGGUGAAGGAUGAAUUAAUUAAAUUUACUCGCAAAGCCAAGUGUGAAUGCUGUCAUGCAAAAAACUAUGAAAAUGAUCUCAGCAAUGACCAAAUGAAGAACAUAAUGAUGGCAGACAAUCCUGAGAGAGUCGAAAAGCUAAUCGAAAGGGCUUUAUGUUGCCUGGACAGUUUGCUUCCCUGCAGCAAAGGCUCUUUCUUACCAGCACUAGAACAAGAAGAUAUAAAGCUUGCCAUUCAUGCACUGCAGUUAUGCUACCUGCUGGCUGCCAGAUCAGGCAAGUUGUCAUUUAAUCUUUACCCUUACUAUUAUCACAGCAAGAUAAUGCUUGAAACUAAAUAUGUUAAAUAAAUAGGUAUGACAUUGGAAUACUGUUCUAGGAGUUACACAUU